UUCACCCUCACACCUCAGAAGCAGCGUGCAAAUAAACACACACGCGCGCGCACACAUGCACACACACACACACACACAUACACAUACACAUACACACACAUAUUUCUGCAUCCUGUAUUUUUUUUAUGCACCGGGAACCGGGCGCUUUAUAAACGGUCGUGGAUUAUGAUGCCAGCGGAAUAUGGCCUCUCCUUCGGCUCCAACUGUGAAUAGCACUAUAUCGCGUGUUUUUUAAUUUUUAUUUUUCAGAUUCAUUUCUAAUUUGGUUCCCAGUUACUUCUGAGCACCGAGAGACCGCCGAGACGCAAAGCCUACGUUCAAUGCCGUUGGAACAUGUCCUAUGUUCCCUUUCAAGAUGCAAGGUGUGCCGUCCCCCCCUCCUAUCAUCAUCACCAUCAUCGCACCCACGCCCACUCGUUCCACGCUCCCUCCUACGACCGUCCUGCUCACGACCGUCCCUCCUACGACCGUCCUUCCUUCGACCGUCCCACCUACGACCGUCCCUCCUACGACCGUCCCUCCUUCGACCGUCCCUCCUUCGAUCGUCCCUCCUUCGACCGUCCCUCCUACAACCGCCCCUCGCACGACCGCCCCAUCUACGACCGCCCCUCACACGACCGUCCACCCAACGACCGCUGGAAACCCGGUCUCUGUGUGAGCUCCGGAAAUCAGCUCUACAUGUUGGACCAAGAGGAGGUACACCCUUUGCUGAUGCGCGAGAGGCGCUCAGAGUCUCACAGGAACAAGCUACUGCGGCGGACAGUCAGCGUUCCUGUUGAGGGAAGGCACCAUCCCGAGAUGGAUCAUCGCGCUCGGCGGAAGAGCAUAGCCACCGGGAAGCAGCCCAGCAUGGAGGUCCCUCCCACUGCCCCCCUUCAACCCUUCCGACAAUCCGUGAGUAACCCUCCCUGUUCCCGGCCUCGCUCGCUGCCUCCGUCCCUCUCGCUGUCCCUCCUCUCUCCUCCCGCCCUGGGCCCACCGCACACCUGUGGUCGCCGGGCCAGCGGCACCCCGCCUCACCCUUUCCCCCUCUCCCUAGCUGUCUCCCCCUCCCUCGCCUUGUGCCAGCAGCAGCAGCGUCAGCAGCAAAAGAAAGGGCCCGGCACGCCCCCUUUGCCCCGCUCGCUGCCCCUCUCGCCCUCCCUGUCCUUCACCCUGCCCCACUCGCCUGCCGCCUCCUCUUCCUCCCCCCCCUUCUUGUACUGGGGUGGAGACUGGGGUGCUGCCGGUUCGAGUCCAGUGGCAGGAGGAACGUUUAUUGCAGCACUGCCCCCUGUUGAGAGUUUCCUCAGUAGAAGGUUGAAGGGCUCGAUCAAGAGGGCUAAGAGUCAGCCCAAACUGGACCGAACCAGCAGUUUCCGCCACAUGAUCCUCCCCCGCUUCCGCAGUGCCGACCAAGACAGGACCCGUUUGAUGCAGAGCUUCAAAGAGUCCCACUCCCAUGAGUCCUUGCUGUCUCCCAGCAGCGCUGCCGAGGCGCUGGACCUCACCCUGGACGAGGACGCCAUCAUCAAACCUGUCCACUCGAGCAUCCUGGGACAAGAGUACUGCUUUGAGGUGACUACGGCAUCGGGAACCAAGUGCUUUGCGUGUCGCUCAGCUGCAGAGAGAGACAAAUGGAUCGAGAACCUGCAGAGAGCUGUCAAGCCCAACAAGGACAACAGCCGGAGGGUGGACAAUGUGCUCAAACUGUGGAUCAUUGAGGCCCGCGAACUUCCAGCCAAGAAACGCUACUACUGCGAACUUUGUCUGGACGACAUGCUGUACGCACGCACCACCAGCAAGCCCCGCACUGACACCGUUUUCUGGGGCGAGCACUUUGAAUUCAACAACCUGCCAGCCGUCCGCAACCUACGCCUUCAUCUAUACAAGGAGACAGACAAGAAGAGACGCAAGGAAAAGAGCACAUACUUAGGACUUGUAAGCAUCCCCAUCUCAAGCAUAACUGGACGUCAGUUUGUGGAGCAGUGGUACCCGGUCAUCCAGCCCAGCGUCCUCACCAAGGGAGCUGGGGUCGGAGGGGGGAAGAUCAUCAACGCAUCCCUACGCCUCAAAUCCCGCUUCCAGACCAUGAACAUCCUGCCCAUGGAGCUGUACAAGGAGUUUGCAGAGUACGUCACCAAUAACUACCGCACCAUGUGUGCUGUGUUGGAGCCCGUGCUGAGUGUCAAGAGCAAAGAGGAAGUGGCCUGUGCUUUGGUGCAUAUACUGCAGAGCACAGGGAAAGCUAAGGACUUCCUGUCAGACAUGGCUAUGUGCGAGGUAGACAGAUUCAUCGACCGAGAACACCUUAUCUUCAGAGAGAACACUCUGGCCACCAAAGCCAUAGAAGAGUACCUCAAACUGAUCGGACAUAAGUACCUCAAGGACGCUAUAGGGGAGUUCAUAAGGGCCUUGUAUGAGUCAGAGGAAAAUUGCGAAGUGGACCCCAUGAGAACACCACCUUCUGUACUCCCAGACCACCAAGCCAAUCUUCGAAUGUGUUGUGAACUGGCACUCUGCAAGAUCGUUAACUCCCAUUGUGUUUUCCCUCGAGAGCUAAAGGAAGUUUUUGCCUCUUGGAGAGUACGCUGUGCUGAGAGAGGUCGGGAAGACAUUGCCGACCGUCUUAUCAGUGGUUCCCUGUUCCUGCGCUUCCUGUGUCCUGCCAUUAUGUCCCCAUCGCUCUUCAAUCUCACCCAGGAGUAUCCCGACGAGCAGACGUCACGCACUCUCACCCUCAUCGCGAAAGUGGUGCAAAACCUGGCUAACUUCUCCAAGUUUGGCAGUAAAGAGGAGUACAUGUGUUUCAUGAAUGAGUUUUUAGAGAUGGAGUGGGGCUCCAUGCAGCAGUUCCUAUAUGAGAUCUCCAACCUGGACAGUGUCAGCAGUGCAGGCGGCUUUGAGGGAUACAUCGACCUAGGCAGGGAGCUGUCCAUACUACACAGUCUCCUCUGGGAAGUCAUGGCUCAGCUCAGCAAGGAUGCCAUCAUCAAACUGGGCCCUUUGCCUCGCCUCUUGAAUGACAUCAGUAUGGCCUUGCGUAACCCACACCUCCAGAGGCAGCCCAGCCAUCAGACAGACAGGGUGCAGGAGAGACAGACAGACAGGUUGCUGUCACGGCCGAGCUUCAACAGGGGCAUCUCAUCCGAGUUCCAAAAUCUCAUGAUGAGGGAUCUUAAUAGCUCUAUAGAUAUCACUCGCUUGCCUUCCCCUACCUCCACUGGAGGGGUCAUGCCAUCCCGCUCCCAGAUGAGUUUUCAGGACCGUGACCACCCCCAUCGAGCAUCCUCCAAAGACAUGUUUUACGUAUCACGCCCUCCCCUGGCCAGAUCCAGCCCGGCCUACUGUACAAGCAGCUCGGACAUCACGGAACCAGACCCUAAGGAUUCCCGAAUGAACAGCGUGUCUAACCUGCAGUCGGUGGACAUGCUCAACUCCUCCCAGGCCUCCAUCGCCGGCAUGGGCAGCUUCGGAGGGCUGAGCAGCGGAGGCGGUGGCGGCCUGGGGUCGGGCCUGAGCAGCCAGCUGCGGGCCGGUGGGAGGUUGUCAGCUGGCUCUGGCGGCUCCAGCAUGUCCGGCGGCCUUCGGCUGAGCCAGCUGAGCCAGAUGGGCACCACCACCGACUCGCUAUCCCAGCAGCAGCAACAGCAGGCCGCCGCCAUGCGCUACCCGCUUUCCUUCCAGAAUCCCCUCUUUCAUCUGGCGACUGCUGAUGGGCCUCAACAGCAACAGCUCCAUCACCAGCACAGCCGGGCUCAACCUCCAGCACCCCUGCUCCUGGCCCCAGACCCUGAGCCCUCUCACCAGUCUUACAUCCCACAGUUCGCCCAUGGGGGGUUCUCUCGCAGUGAGGACCUGUCCACCCUCAGGACCAGGGACGGUCACCUGGGCCAACCCAGCAUCAUCCACUCACACAGCUACAGUGACGACUACAGCAGGGCUGAAUAUGGACGCAGGCAGAUGUCCAUGCAAGUGCAGGAUAACCUCCAACAGCAACAACAAAUGAUGGGCAUGACCUCCCAGACAGGAACCUCCCACUCCUCCCUGGCCACCACGCCCCCCUCCACAGUCCAACCCAUGCGCCAGAGUUCUGUUGCCCCGCCACCCACCCAGCGUGUCAAGUCCCAGACCUCCCAUCAGCUGUCCGUCAGUGCGGCUGCUGCACCUGCUGCUCCAGCUAAAACACGACCACAGAGCGGCAAUCUCCUUCAGUCACCAGAGUCUGGCUACAGCGGCAGGCAGCAUGGGUCCCGGCAGCUGUCCGUCAAAGACAACACUGCCCCGGGCCUGCCCCACCAGCAGAGCUCUGUCAGGGAAAGCCAGAGCCCACAGGGAACCACGAGUCAGAGCACUCAACAGUCACCACAGCAACAGUCUCAGCAACAGCAACAGCACUUGCUCAAACCCACCAUGAGCAAACAGGGCUCCCAGUCUCCAUCUACCCUCAAUCCCCCAACCCCAGCCAAUGAGCGAACAGUGGCCUGGGUCUCCAACAUGCCUCAUCUGUCGGCUGACAUUGAAAGUUCGCGGAUUGACCGUGAAGAGUUCAAACUGAAGGAGUACUCAAAGAGCAUGGAUGAGUCACGCAUGGACAGGGUAAGGGAGUACGAGGAGGAGAUCAACUCCCUGAAGGAGCGCCUGGUGAUGUCCCACAAAAAGCUGGAGGAGUACGAGCGGAGGCUCCUCACGCAGGAGCAGCAGACCAAUAAGAUCCUUCUACAGUACCAGAAUCGACUCGAUGACAGUGAGAGGAGGCUACGGCUACAACAAGUGGAGAAAGACUCCCAAAUUAAAGGAAUAAUUAGCAGACUCAUGGCUGUGGAGGAUGUUAAGGGAGGACCCGUGAUUGAGCCAAAAACCAGGAUUUUCGCUGAUCAGGGGAGGCGUCAGUCCAUCCUAGUGCAGCCCCGUCUCGCACCUGUCCCACCCCGAGUAUCCAGCCACUCUCAAAGCUUCAUGGAGGACAAUGUGGAACCUAAUUGGUUGAUGCACCAUCGGCAGUCCACAGGGUGGCAUGGCCAAAUGUCCAGAGCCCUCUCUCGUGACGCGAUUGGCUGACAAAGGGAGAACUUGGGGCAUUGGUCCCAUUCUUUUUGCUCAAAGGAUGGUGCAGAGCCCCAGCGGACCAUGUAAGGAAAUGCUGGUUGUUUUUGUUUUUUUACUUUACUUGGGCCCUCUCUCUCUGAUUUGAUAACAGGAUUUUUUUUUUAAUGUGUUGACGCCUCUUGCUUGGAUCUACACUUUACUUUUAAAAGGUAGGCUGGACACAUUGGCAUUUAUUAGCCUGCCGAGCAUGCAAAGAACAGCUAUGCAGUCUGAUCAGUCAGUAGAACGGAGGAACACAAUGGCGUGAUGCUAAAAAUGAGAGAGAGGGGAGGUGUAUUGUGGGUAAGAUGUAUUUCAAAGGUGCUUGACUUCUCUUAAAAUUUCAGUCAAAGCUGAUUUACUUUCAAAGCAUUUAUUUACCUCUAUCUCUCUCUCUUAUAGUCUUUUCAAAUUACCGUUUGUUUCCUCUUCAUCUAUUCACUCUUUAUCUAUCUAGGAUUCUCAAAGCAUUAUUUAACCACUUCAUUUUUACUCCAUGUUAGACACACUUGAUCUCUUUCUCGAUUCAUAGUUUUAGCUCUUCCGUUCGAAUCUCUUUCAGACUUUGAUUUUAAAGGAAACUAAAUAUGCACAGCCUAAUACAACAAGUGAAACUGCUUCAGAACAAAACUC